UGUGUGUUGUGUUUUAAUAGGAAAAUAUGGCAUUCGUGGAUUAGGGCUUCAAAUAUCUUCAAAUCGUGGAUCGUUGGUGGUUGUUAUAUCUUCAAGUCGUAGCUUCAUUCUUCCUUUCGUCGUCGAUUAGGGCUUCCUCUGACGAAAAAAUUUAAGAGCCAUACAAUAUGAGUUCCUCAACUGAAAAUGUAGACGACAUGCUUAGCAUGUUGCCUGAAGAUAUUCUUUCACGCAUUCUCUCUCUAAUGCCUACGAAACUUGCUGUGCGAACUAGCGUUCUAUCUAAAAGAUGGAGGUACACUUGGACGUCUGUCACAAACCUGGACAUUGAUUAUACUCGCUAUCAUCGCUCUAAUGAAAAGAUUAUUAAAAAAUUUGUUGACGGGAAUGAAGGAAACUUCAUAAAAUUUGUGGAUCGGGCAUUGAAGUAUUGCAGAACUUCUCACGUAAAAUUGUUUAGGUUACACGUUUCUAAUUAUCACCAUGCUAUAGGGUCAAGUGUAUCAAAUUGGAUUGAUAGCGCAGUCAGGUUAAACGUCCGUGAGCUUGACAUAUGUGUUAUCCAAUAUGAGUUGCCUUUAAGCGUGUUCACCUGCAACACCCUCACAAGCUUACGAUUAGAACUUAGUGCCUGUGAUUUUGGUGGUUGGGAGUUUCCGUCUACGAUCUAUCUUCCUUGUUUGAAAACUCUUGACAUUGUUGGGUGUAACAAUCCUCAAGCCAUUCAUGGCUGCUGCCCAGUGCUUGAAAGUUUAUCUUUGGAAGUAUCAUGCAAUGAUGAACAAGAUUUCGUAUUGAACAUCCCUACUUUGAAAUGGCUGAAACUAAUAUGUAGAUCAGGCUCCAGCAAUGGUAACAGCAAAAUUAUGUUACGUGUCCCUAAACUUGAAUACUUGUUUGUUGAUGGAGUAUUGUGCUCGUUUUUUGAAAUGGAAGAUGUGUCGUCUUUGGUUGGGGCAUCGAUUGCAUGUUGGCAUAGUAAAUUUGAUUUCUUGUGGGCUGAUAUACUAAACAAACUCAGUGGGGUUCAAAAUCUUUCAAUAGAAAAUUUCCAGUUUACUUCACCUCUGCCCAUCUUUCCGAAUAUGAAGCAAUUGGAGUUGACCGGUACCUGGCGACAUGGACAAAUCACUCAAUUUCUUGAAAGUUGUCCCGAGUUGAAGAUUUUGAUUAUUGAUUUUGUAGAUUGGAGGGAUUUCAAGAAACAAAAGCCUGAAAAAUCUAUGUUGAUUCCUGCUUGUAUGCAAACAAACCUGACAACAAUCAAGUUUUCAAAAUGCGAUGGUGAUACAUGUGAUAUGAAGUUUCUGGAGUACAUGUUGGGGAAUGCACAGGUUUUGAAGACGGUAACUAUAUUCGCUCAGGAAAACUUACUCAUAGAAGAAGACCCGUGUUUUUGUGCACAGGUGCUAAAGAUUCCAAGGGCUUCCCCGCAUUGUGAAAUCCGUUUUCGAACACGGAAAUUGCCUCCGCCUCAGGAAUUCGAAUACGAUGACACUGAUGAAGCAGAGGCAUUUUAUUGAUUGCUUGAACCAGUAGCCUUCAAUGAAUACAUUUUCACAUUGGUAACCUUUUAUGCAAAUUGUUCGGGUGAGCUAUAGAAGAUCAAGAAUCCAGUAGCUGUUCAAGAUGCAAGUUGUUUCCAUUUCUGGUAAAUCUUGAUGCGAACUUUGCGUUUUACAAUGCAUCUCGUUUAUUUCUUUUGGACAUUUGAUGAAGAAUUCAAUUACAUUGUAUUCACCUAGUUUUGUGCUUGUGGUUUUGGGGCUGAAUCGAGACCAACAUGAGUUUAUUA